UCACCAUCAUCAACAUCAAUAUCAGCAGCAACAACUUCUCGUUCAAUAGCCGAUUAUGAUGAUGAUUAUGAUCAUGGUCAUGAUCAACGUCAACUACUAUCACUUCAUCAACAUCGAUCAAUAACCGGUGAAAAUUUAGAUAAUUUAAAAUCAAAAGCUCAACUACUACAACAACAACGAAAGCAGCAGCAACAACAAGUUGAUAACACUUUAUUGCCUCAAGCUUCAUCGAAAUCUUCAUUAUCUAACGGUCAUCAUCAUCAACAACAUCAACAGCAACCAAUCAAGAAUCACCUACAACAACAUCAUCAGCAGACGUCAUCAUUAGGUACAACGGUUCAGGCUCAAGAUCAACAAGUAGAUUCAAGUAGACAGCCACAACUGCAGCAGCAGCAGCAGCAGACGACAACAUGUAUUGAUGGCAAAAGUUUGAAUGAAACAGCUACUGUUUCAUUUCCACCACCAUUUUCAUCACGAACAUAUGCUGAAUUUAAAUCAUCACCUGUAUCAAUUGAUCCACAACAAACAAUUACACCGCCAAUCGAUUAUUUAGGUACAACAAUAUCGACAUCUAUUGCAAGUGGAUUAUCAUCAUUAACAUUACCACGUAAUAUGGCCAUCAUGGAUCAUCCAUCAACCGAACAACAACAACAACAAUAUCAUCAUGUAGCUGAUGUAUAUGAACCUCGGCAACAUCCGGUACAUAAAUAUUGGACAUUACCGAGAUCUAUUGCUACUGGUACUGGUUUAGGUGCUGAAUAUACUACAUCGAAUAUGGCACCAACAGAAAUAGAACGGCAUUUUCCUGCACAACAACAAAUGAAACCAGACGUAUCAUUGUCCACAACAAUUGCUCAAAAACAACAUUAUGUUUAUGAAACGGAAUAUUAUACAACAGGUGAAGAAUCGGUCCUUAGUCCACCACCACCACCAUUACCACAACCAAUGAUAACAAAUGGUGAUUCGGAAAAAAUUCUACCCAUACAAAAGAAUGGAUCAACAUAUGCAGCACCGAUUAAAAAACCGCCACCUCCACCACCACUACCUUCAUCGUCUUCAACACAGCAACAAGAUAAAACGAGCAUGAUCAAACCGGAAUAUAAACAACCACAACAACAGCAACCAUCAUGCGAAUCAUCAUCGAUCCAACAUAGAUCUGAACGUUAUAAAGCGUUUAUACGUGAUAUGCAAAAUGAAAUGCAAAUACAUAUUGGUGGUGAUAUUAAUAAUAAUAAUAAUAAUAAUAAUAAUAAUAAUAAUGGUGAUCGACGAUCAAUGUUUGCCAAUCAGUCCAUAUGUGUUAAAGUAAAACAACCACGUUUCAAAGGAACCGAUUAUCAUCUUACAAUUGAUAAUAAACCAAUACAAACAUUACAACAACAACAACAAUCAAAUGUUCCUAUUGGUCAUAUUGAAGAUUAUGAACCUGGUAUACGUAAUAGUAUAUUUGAACGUGAACGACAGAUGUUUUACAAUGACAUCUUCAACUAUAUUGAUUCAAUAUUUGCCGAAGUAUUGGCCACAACGGCCGUUUCCGCUAAUCAGAAAUUACAAUCUAAACUACGCAAACGUGCACAAAGUCUUUCACGAAUGUCAUCAAGAUCAUUAUCAUCGGCACGAAAGAGAUCCGAUUCACAACGAUAUCAUCAACAAACACAACGUUAUUCUGAAUCACCAAAAUUAUCAAGCCGUUCAUUGCCAUCAUUGAUGACCGAUCAACAACAACAACGGUUAUUGGAACAAACUAAACAACAAUUAUUAGCUACAUUUCUCGAAGCUACUACUACUGCCACCAUUAAACGAUCUGGAUCAUCAUCACGUCGUGGUAGAUCACGAUCUUCAAGUUUACGUCGCCAUUCCACUGAUCCAACACCAAUUGGAACCAUUCGACGUCGUCGAAAAACAUCGAAAAAGCGGCGAAAAUUAUCAACUGAUAAGAAAGACGGUGAUGAUGAGGAUAAUGAUGAUGAUGAUGAUGAUGAAGAGGAAGAAGAAGAAGAAUCCGAUGACCAUCAUCGAUCCUACGAUAAUUAUGAUGAGGAUGAUGGUAGUGGAAAUGGACCUUGUAAUUCAAAACAUAAAGAUAGCCAUGACGAUGAACAUGAUGGUGAUGAUGAAGUAUCCGAUGAUGAUGAUGAUGAUGAUGAUAUCCAUCAUCAUGAGAAUGCUAAACAUACGAAUGGAAAUGCAUUGUCGCCAAAAGAGAAUGGUCUUAUUGAUCAACAACAACAACAACAACAAUCACCAACGACAUCAAAAAUGGAAAAAAAAUUCUUUUAUCAUGAGAAUUGUGUUUUUAAUCAAUUAACAUCACCGCCAGCUACGGGUAUAAAUCAACCAACUGGUACAAAUAGUAUAUCCGGUGGUUCUGGCUAUGAUUCAGAUUCAUCAUACAUUAUACGUAAAAAUAAAGGAAAAAUUGCACCACAACCAGCAUCACCAUCAGUAUAUCGUGCUGUACAACGUGGUGAAGAUAUACCAUUUCAAGGUUUGCAACGUACAGCACCAAUGAGACAACUAUCAUCUGGAAAUGGUAGUCGAACAAAAUUUGACCAGACUACUGAUACGGAUAGCGGUGUAGAUUUUAGCCUAUCCAAAAAACCUGGUGGCGAAGAUUGGGAUAAUCUUGAUGAAUGGCAAACACAAAUAACGAAUGAUUUUGAUUAUAUCUAUGAAACAUUACGAUCAGUGUCCACCAAUGCAGCUCCAUCAAAAAAAUCGAAUACCAGUAACCAAAAGAAACAGAAAUCUGUUGCAUUCGAAGCAGUGGACGAAGUACAAUUAAUCGAUGCGGAUGAAUCGGAUGAAUUCUAUGAAGAAGAUAUCACCAUGGAUGAUGAUGAUGAUGAUGAAUGUAGAGCAGUAGCGGAAGAAGAAGCAGAAUAUGCUUAUGGUGGCUUAUUACGACCCGGUUCACAUCGUCCUAGCGAUAAAGCACAUUCAUUUGAACAUUUUCUCAAUACACAGCCGGAUCUGAUCAAUAAAGUGGCAAGAAUGAAAGAUCCACAAGAUCGAAUUUGUGUGAUUAAAUCGAAAACACGAAAAACACGAUCACCACAAAAAGCCCGAAUGGGUAGUGCUGGUAGAACACCACCUAUACGUAGUGGAAAUAGUGGCUUGAUUUCCGAUUCGGAAACAGAAUCAGAUUAUUUAACUACAACCACGACAAAGAAAAUAUUCUCAACUGAUACAUUUACAUCACCACCUAAAUUAUCAUCAGCUGUACCGAAAAGUUAUUUUCAUAGUCCCAAUAUUAUCAUUGAUGACCCAACAGUAGCGGUCUCUGUUGUACCAGCUACUAUUGACCCAAUUAGUCCAGUCAGGAGUACAAUGAUGAUGGGUCAACAGCCAUGCGGAUCAUCAACAGCGACACCGGAUUCGGUCGGAUUGAAUGUUCAUUACCGAAUACCCGGUAGUACUGUUACUGAAGAGGAUAGUUCAUUUUCAAGUUCAGCCACACCAAAUCGAUCGUAUGGCCGUCAUUAUAUUGGACCAUGUGGUGGUCCAUUACCGGGUACAUCAUUGAAACCAGUGACAACUGUUGUUAAUACCUCAUCUAAUAAUUAUAGCCUACAACGACAUCAUUAUGUUCCUCAACCAAUGUCACCACCGGUCGUUGCAUUAGAUCGUUAUGAUCGUCGGCCAUUAUACACAACCAAAGAACCAACAGGUAAAAUGGCUCGAGUAAUGUAUGAUUUCCAGGCAAUGGCCCGUAAUGAAUUGGCAGUUAAAAAAGGCGAUCUAGUCACCAUAAGAAAACAGAUUAAUCAGCAAUGGAUGGAAGUAGAAGAUUGUUCCAGUGGAUUAGUGGGAUUUGUACCACGUACGUAUCUGGACAUUGAUGAAACAUCAUCACCGAAUGGCGUUGCACGUGCCAAAUUUGAUUUCAAUGCCAAAACUAAUGUUGAGAUUUCAUUUAAAAAGGGAGAAAAAUUAACACUAUUACGACGAGUUGAUGAAAAUUGGUAUGAAGGCAUGAACGAACGGCAAGAUGUGGGAAUAUUCCCCGUUUCUUAUGUUGAAGUGAUGAAACAAGUUGCCAAUGCUUCAGCUAUUCGUGCUUCGUUAUCAUUUCUUGAUCAACAGUCAUCAUCAAUCAUUACGGCAACGGUAGCAACAUCGAAUAGUUCCAAUGAAAAAAACCAAGAAGGUUUAGAAACAUCAUCAUCAUCGUCAUUAUCAUCGAUGCUUUUGUUAAAUCUUCCAAUUUCUGGUGCUAACUCAUCAUUGCCUCAACAUCAUCAUCAUCCAUUAACAUCGAUACAACCGAUGGCAUCAAUGCCACAAUUACCAACUGAAACUGGCAGCAGCAGUGGUGGUAAUAGUAGUGUUGUAUAUGGCCAUCAUCCACACAUCCAUAAUCAUCAUCAUCAACACGCCCAUCAUGAAUCACAACCACCCCUAACUGGUGAUUCUUCUUCAACCACUGGUGGUGGUAGUCAAAUUUAUUUCAGUUCAACAAGAUCAGAACCAGCAGGUUCAACAACAUCGGGUAGUGGUGGUGGUGGCGGUUAUUCUACUUCGAAUUUAAUGCAUCAAAUACGACGAGCACCGGAUGCAAGCCGUUCACAACCAGGUACUAAUGUCGAACGUUUUUGUUUACCAAAGCCGAAAAUCUAUCGUGUACUUUAUCCUUAUCAACCACAACAACCGGAUGAAUUAGAAUUACAAUAUGGUGAUCUAUUAACGGUCACUAUUCAAUGUGAUGAUGGUUGGUUUUUAGGCCGUUCAACAUUAACGGGUAAAUUUGGAACAUUUCCUGGAAAUUAUGUUGAACCAACAUGACAACAGUGGAUUGUUUUGGAAUUUUUUUUCUCUCUCUCUCGCUUCUUAAUUCUUCAUAAUUAUUUGUUACAAAUAAAAAUAAACUCUAGUCAACAAAAUCCAAUCCAUUACAUACUAAACAUGCUUAUAUAAUUUAUAAAUAAGGUGUAGAAUUUUAUCCAAUUAACUGAAAAAAGUUUAUGGUGUUUGAUUGAUUUUAAUCCUCUACUACCCCAACAUUACCAUCCUUUCUUUUUCUUAAUUUAUUGUUUGGUUGUUUUUUCGAUUUUAAAUUUCAAAAUUCUUCAUCUCUUAUUGAUUGUACAUCCCCUUCCACAUUCUAUG